CCGCAACCAUGUCCCCGAAGUUUGAUCCCUCGCAGGUUGUCGACGUUUUCGUACGAGUCACCGGUGGCGAGGUCGGAACGGUGAGUUCGCUUGCUACGAAGAUUGGUCCUCUCGGUCUCUCUCCGAAGAAGAUCGGUGAAGACAUCGCGAAGGAGACCGCCAAGGACUGGAAGGGGCUCCGAGUCACCGUCAAACUCACUGUCCAGAACCGCCCGGCCAAGGUCUCUGUGGUUCCCUCCGCCGCCGCUCUGGUCAUUAAAUCCCUGAAAGAGCCCGAGCGCGACCGCAAGAAGACUAAGAACAUCAAGCACACGGGCAACAUUUCUCUUGAUGACGUGAUCGAGAUCGCGAAGAUCAUCAUGCGGCCGAGAUCGAUGGCCAAGGAAUUGGCGGGCACGGUGGAGGAGGUCCUCGGAACUUGCGUUUCCGUCGGCUGUAUUGUAGACGGGAAGGAUCCAAAGGACUUGCAAUAGAAGAUCUCCGAUGGCGAGAUCGAAAUUCGAAAGUUAUUUGAAUCUCUCUUUUAAAAAAGUGU